GUCGCGGGCGCCAUCGCGGGCACCCUGGUCAGCAUCGUUCUCCACCCCGUGGACACGAUCAAGGUCACCAUCCAGGCGGACAGGAAGGUUCGAGAGCCCAUCGCUAUGGUGGUAAGCAGAAUAAUCCGGCAGCGGGGCGUUUUCGGGCUGUACUCCGGCCUGUCCACCAGCCUGGCGUCUUCAGCGCCAAUCAGCGCCAUCUACACCGCAUCUUACGAGCUCGUAAAGGGGAGGCUCCUGCCGGGCCUGCCGGAGGAAAAACGGUGGAUUGCCCACUGCAUCGCCGGUGGAUGUGCCAGCGUGGCCACCUCGUUCGUGUACACACCGUCUGAGUGCAUCAAGCAGAGGUGCCAGGUUACGGGCGCGACUAGCGCGUUUGCGGCGGCAAAGAGCGUGGUCCGCGCGGAUGGCGUGCUCGGUUUGUACAAGGGGUGGAGCGCGGUACUGUGCAGGAACAUACCUCAGAGCGCCAUUAAGUUUUUCGUGUUCGAGCAGCUCAUGCGCGCGGCUGGCGGAGCUCUCGCCUCGGGAGGGGGAUCUUCGGGUACGCUCCCCGCGCUCGCCAUCGGCGGCGUGGCUGGAUCCACCGCAGCGAUGUUCACAACGCCGUUUGACACAAUCAAGACGAGGAUGCAGACCGCGGGGGUUGUGAACCAGGGCGGAUCCACGAUGCGGGGUUUGUUGCCGACAAUGAGAGAUAUCGUGGUGAACGAGGGAGUGGGCGGUCUGUACCGUGGCGUCAUACCGAGGCUGCUCAUUUACGUCACGCAGGGCGCUGUAUUCUUCAGUUCCUACGAG